AUGAACGAGCGUCGAAUGUCCACGCGUUCGAAUAGCAAUGCGUCUAUCUCUAGCAGUCUAACAUCCCUAGAUACCGUGGUUCAUGUUACUCAACCACCAGCCAUCAGAGAACAGCAGCAAGAGCAGACACAGCGGUCACAUAGUCUUCCUUCUUCUACAUCUACUCCCACCUCAAACUCUAAUUCUAGCUGUGGGAAAACUGUUUCUUAUAGUUCAAGUACGGGUUCAUCUUACUCGUCAGAGAGUCCUCUUUCAACUACCUCACAUUCUAGUAGUACUUCUUUUACUUCAUCUUCAUCAUAUGGCACCUAUUUCUCCUCAUCUUCCUCCUCCUGUCCAUCUCCAGAAACUUCCUCAAAAAUGCCCAACAAGGAAGAAAGCCUUAAAACGAAGCGUUCAUUGACUGUUCAUGAGUCGGCAGGUGAAGAGGAAAUUCUGUUUUCAGAACCACCGUCGAAAGUUGGAAAGAGUGGAGAAGCGGAGGGAGAAGGGAACACCUGUGAAUGCUGCUGUUGCUGUCAGGAUUGGUCAAAUGUAACCUCGGAAUUGGUGGUUCUUGUGGCGUGUGGAUCUUUCAAUCCCAUCACUACGGCGCAUCUAAGAAUGAUGGGUGAGUGGAUACUACUUAUUUUUGAUACUAGUAAGCUAAAGAAGUGUGCUUGUGCUCAUUUAUAG